GCAAGAGUGAUUGCCGCCCGCGAAGCAUUGUGGGGUAGUGGCGGUGUGCGUGUGGCGGACCCUCGGGGAGAGAGGGAGUCCCUGCGUGGAAGGGGAAUGAAAUAUUUGUAAACCCCGAAAUUAAAUACCACCACCCGCCCCGCAACGGGGAACGAGAAAACACCAUGGCAGGGAUUAUCAAAAAACAGAUCCUCAAGCACCUGUCUAGGUUCGCAAAGAACCUGUCCCCCGACAAGAUCAACCUGAGCACCCUAAAGGGGGAGGGGCAACUAUCCAACCUGGAGCUGGACGAGGAGGUUCUGCAGAACAUGCUGGACCUGCCCACCUGGCUGGCCGUGACCCGGGUCUACUGCAACAAAGCUGCCAUCCGGAUACAAUGGACAAAGCUGAAGACCAGCCCUAUCUGUCUGUUCCUGGACAAGGUGGAGGUGGAAAUGAGGACGUGCGAGGAGCCCCGCCCCCCCAAUGGCCCCUCCCCCAUCGCCAUCACCGCUGGGCAAAGCGAGUAUGGGUUUGCAGAGAAGGUGGUGGAAGGCAUGUCCGUGAUCAUAAACUCCAUCACCAUCAAGGUCCAGGCCCAGGCCUUCCACGCCUCCUUCGAGCUGUGGCAGCUCCAGGGGAACAGCCUGAACCCCAAGUGGCAACGGAGCGACCUCCGCUUCACCCGCAUCACGGACCCCCAGCGCGGAGAGGUGCUGACGUUCAAGGAGAUUAACUGGCAGACCCUACGGAUCGAGGCUGACGCCAUGGAGAGCGGGGAGCAGGAUCUGGGCAGCACCCCCCUGAGACUGAUCACUAACCAGGGUCGCAUCCGAAUCGCCCUGAAGCGCCGGAUGAAGGACUGCAACGUGGUUGCCUCGAAGCUCCUCUUCAUCCUGGAUGACCUGCUGUGGGUGCUGACCGACUCGCAGCUCAAAGCCAUGAUCCGCUACGCCAAGUCCCUGAGCGAGGCCAUCGAGAGGUCAGCCCAGCAGAGGAAGAGCCUGGCCCCCGACCCCCUGCAGAGGGCGCCCACCUCCCCUGGGGCCCAGCCUUCCUGGAACGAGCCGGCCCCCCACGCUGCCCCCCCGAGCGGGGCCCCCAACAGCCUCAGCCAGUACUUUGAGCAGCAUGACGUCAAGGAGUCCUCUUACCACACUCUCAUCUCCAGGCUGGACCUGCACAUCUGUGACGACAGCUCAGACAGCGAGGCAGGUGGGCCGCAGCCUCGAGUCGCCGGAGGAGCCAUGCAGCUGACCUUCCACAAGCUGGGCUUCGACUACUACCCCUUCCACUGGCCUAGCGACGGCUGCCGGCACUGGGAGCGGUACUGUGGUGCCAUGGAGACGCGGGCGCAGUGGGUGAGCAAGCUGCUGCAGGAGUUCCAGCGCCGAGCUGAGGGGCAGGACAGGCAGACGGGCUCCCCCGUGCCGGGCAAGGGGUCCCCCACCCGCACACAUGACGGAGGUUCCACUCCGAAGUCCAGCCCCCCGGACCGGGUCCAGACCCCUCGCCGAACCUCUGCAGCCCUGCCGCCCCAGGGACUGCCCUGGAAGAGGCUGCGGUCCAGCUGUGUGCUGGUCAGGGUGGAUGACCUGGAUAUAUACCAGGUGUCCAGCAGGGGUCGCCACAGUAAGAAGCCGCAGACCCUGGUGUCCUGCAACAGGAAGUCCCUGCAGCUCCCUGACAACGUGUCAGCCAUUCACAUCCAGUUCACAGAGUACUACUUCCCUGACCACCCCCAUCUCCCCGUGCCCUGCUCCAACCUGUAUGGCCAGCUGAACGGGCUCCAGCUGACCCCCGAGCCGCUCAGUCUGCUCUGGAUCAAUCUCUUCUCACUGGGGCUCCUGCGCAGCCUGGAGCAGGUCAAGGCCUUCUACAAGCUGGAGGAUUCUGGGAAGGGGGAGGAGCAUGUCGACGUGCGCCUGGACAUCUAUCAGCUCAAGCUGGUGAUCCCGCUGGAGUCCAGAAUCCUGGACCACCCUGACCGGCCACAGAGCCUCUGUGUCCAUGCCUCGCACUCCGUGUUCACCAACACGCGGCACUGCGCCCACGCCACGACAGCUGACCUGCAGGGCACCUGCCACUCCUUCAGCCACUGCCCCUUCUUCCAGCCCGCGGGGGGCGCCCCAAGCUUCCCCAGAACCUGCAGCAGCUUCCACCCGCUCCCCUCCGCCUUCCUGCAGCACGCCCUGGAGGGGGAUCGAGCCCCGGAGCUGUUGAGCAGGAAGAAACCCCCCCGCUCCCAGGACAUGUGGUCCCUGCACCUCUCUGGGCUGGCUUUAGACUUCGAAGGGGCGCGCCGGAGCCCCAAAGGAAAGACUCUGCCCUUCCUGGAGCCCUUGGCCAUCUCCCUGUGGAUGUGCCGCCCGGGGGCCUUCCAGAUCAAGCCCCACGUACCUCCCUUUACUCCAGGCUGUGGCUCUAGAUUGAGGGCGUCUGCAAGCUGCAGUAACUAUAUCGACCCCAGGUUAGUGACUGAGAGGCCUGGAAGCCACCUCAAAUCCAGAACAGUGCAGGAUCUGUUGGAUCUGGGGUCACCCAGGGAUUCUAACGAGAAUGACUGGCCAGCACAGAACGGGGAAGGGCAGGAGGAGGACGCGGAGCAAAUGGAGAUGGCUUCAAUCCACGUUUUGGCACAAGCCUUAUCCCCUAUCAGGCUGCGGCUGAACCACUAUCAGUACGUGGCUCUCUUGAGAGUGAAGGACACCUUUUCCAGGCUGGGGGCCGAGUUAGCUCAGGACACGCUGGGGCUGAGGGGCGAGCAGGUGGAGCCCCCUACUGUUAGUGUGGGGUUACUGCUGGAGAGUGCUGAAGUAGCGUUGCUGCUGCCUCCUGCAACGCUUGAAGAGACUCAGUCCCCUGGAAGCACGGACAGCCCCAGCCUGACUGAUUCAGAACUGUCCCCAGCGAAGGGGCCCUUGGUCACUGCCGGACUGGAGGACAGCGGCAUUGGGAACGCAGGAUCCUCGGAGAAGGAAGACGGCAACGGCACCACAGCGCCCCCUCCUGUCGAGGAGGCCUGCGAGGCUGUGGAGGCCCUGGAAGAUGCAGGCCCCUCCUCCCCUUCCCCAUCUCUAAACCCUCCCCUUCACUCCCGAGGCAACUCCUCCUUCAGCCUGGAGGGGGAGCUGUCGAGCGCACUCACCGCCACCAAGGACGUCACCAAAGAGGCGAUGACCGUGACCAUGGACCUGACCAAAGAGGCCGUGUCCAUCACCAAGGACGCCUUCAGCAUCCUGAGCCGGGAGAAGAUGACCUCUACCAUGCACAAGAUGCUGUUCCUGCCCCCAGCCAGAGAGCAGCCCUCUCGUCUUGAGGAGGCACCCUCAGCCCCUGGGAGGCUGCGUUUCCUCAACAUGACCCUCUCUCAAUCCCAGCACUCCUUGGAGAGCGCCUCGCUGGACGGCAGCCUUCCUGACGACCGCUUCUCCGUAGACAGCGACAGCAGCGACAACUUUGUCAUCCUCAUGGACUCCGAGUCCGGUUUGGAGUCCGUGCGCCCGGACAGCACCCCCUCUCUGCGGGCGGACCCCAGGAGCCGUGACAGUCCAGCGCUGGGGACGGAGAGAGACUCGUCCCCUGAUCUCAGCAGCUCCCUGUCCCAGAGCACGGAGGAGCUCAACCAGGACAAGGUGUCGGUGCUGCUUCUCCGGAUCAGCGAUGUGGGCUGCGCGUUCGAUAUGAAAGGGGAUGACCUGCUGGUGGCGCUAGAGGCUCGGGAUGUGGUUCCUGAACAACUGGGCAACAUGACCAUGCAGCAGCUCCUGAGCGGACGCGCCUUGGGAGUACCGUCGCCCCACAGGCCCCUUUCCUCAGAGCAGCAGGGGCCUGUGCUGGGGGCCCCUGUAGUGCAGCUGCAGUUCCUGAUUGGCCCCGCAGCUGCAGCACAGCACUGCCCCCUGGCUGAAACCAACGGCUUCCUGCACCUGCGGGUGAGAGGCUGCACUACGGAGCUGCUGACCUCCUCGCUGGCCAGCCUCGGGCCGUUCCUGGAGGACGAGCUCAGUGCCGACCUGCUGCCCAUGAGGGUGGAACUGGACAGCACCACGGUCACUCUCAAGGAUGACGGACCUCUGCUGUACCCCACCUCCCCGAGGCCUGUCCCAGUCAUCUUCUCUGUGGAGGGGCUGGCUCUGGAGCGUGCAGACGAUGGCAUCUUCUACCUGCGAGCUGCGGGGACAGACUUACAAGAGCAGGCCAGCAACACAGCUGCCUCACUGAAUCCUGACAUCUCUAUCCCAGACCAGCUCCAGAGAGCCUUGGACGAUGCACAGGCAGCUCUUGAAAAAGCCAACACAGACCGGGAGAGACUGCUCCAGGAGAUUAGAAAAUACAACCCUGGAUUUAACCUCUGACCUCCAAAACCACUUCCCUUCCCCCGAACAGACAGCUGUCAUGCUCAACACCACCAGAAGAGGGAGCCAUGCACCACUAGAACCCAGCAGUCUUUCCCUCUAAGACAGCUGUCACUGCAAACUACCACCAGGAGGGGGAGACCUUGAGCAGCAGCCUGGAAUUUUGAGGGCCUGGCCCCACCGCUCAGAGAGCUGAAACUCUCUUUGGAGGUGCCGUCAGGGGUGGUUUAUGGCUUUUCAAAUGCAGAGCGUGAGAAAUGUAGCCGUGAGGGUUAUUAACCUGUAGGUGCAAUUGAGCAGGAAAAAACUGUGUUCACCAUUGGAAGGAACAUUGAGUUUGUAUGGCACUGUGAUAUUUGUUAAGCUGACAAAAUAGAGUAAGAGAAAACGGUAAAAGGAGCCGUACGCGGUCAGGGAAGGGUUAAAAAGCUUUGGAAUCUUUUCACAAAACUUUGAAGGACCGUUUAACGCAUUAAGUAACCGUGUGGGUUAACCUGUAAUGGAUUUAAAGCCCUUGUUAUAAGCGGCACUACUCCCUGUGCUCCUGGGAGUGACGCUGCCUGUAAGCUGUGGCUGUGUAUUACGCUGAUUUCUUUGUGAAGCAGUUGGAGCCGUCAGGGGGAAGGAAGCUUGUUUUGAAAUUGACGGAAGGCGGCGCUAGCGGAAAUGUUCUUGUUCAGGGGUCCUGAUGCAUCAGGCCUCCUGCUUACUUGAUCUGCACUUCAUUGAUGAGUUCAUCUCAUUAGAAAGUCGUUUACAUAAAUAUUCUAACGUGAGGAUGAAGUACAGUAUUUUGAAACUGACAAAAAAUAUGCCAAUAUGUUGUUGUUUAUUAUUAUUAAUAUAGUGUGGUUUUUUUAUAUUUAAAUAUGCUCUGACUGAAAAAAAAAAUGUUUUGGCAGUUUUGCAACACAGUUUGAACAUCCUGCUGCUGAAUGCCUAUCGAAUGAUGACUCCUUCUCAUGCCUGCCUUUACUUGACCAAACGAUCACUCCUGAGAGAAACUCUUCCGAUAUGAAGCUGAGAGAGACCUUUUGAAACCCUUGACUGAGAGAAACUCUUCCGAUAUGAAGCUGAGAGAGACCGCUAGCGUUGGGACUGCUGGCGUUGUAUGAAACUGUAGAAUUAUGGGAUGUCCUUCGUGUUUGUGCUUCCCUGAUAAGGAAGGGAACAGUGAAUACAGCUGUUCUGUAGAGUGAAACAGCUGGGAAUAAAGAAAAAAACACAUCAAUUCAAUGUGGCUGUUAGGAUGGUGUAUAUUGACCCUGUCAGUUAACUUGAAACGCAGCCCCAAAACUGAAACGUGUGAUGCAUAUACUAAUGUAUAGUGUGUAAUAAAUAUAUACCCUGGGGUCUUCUGCACAUUACACAGCAUCCCAGUUUGAGACUGGAAAGCUUGUGUCAUUUUCUUUAAUCGUUUUAGCUCGUGCAACAUGCAAUGGGUAGAAGGAACAAUAAGCUUGAUCAGCAUUUUGGUGUAUAUUAUUAUUAUUAUUUUCAAUGAACACAGGAUACAGGUUUUCAAUGCGGACUGUUAUAUUUAUCUGCAUGCCUGUUGAUCGUUUUGUGUAACUUUGUCCCUGUAGAACUGUACAGGAACAUGCACGCAAUCUAAACCUGUUGGGUUGCAUUCUACCCCACAGAUCUUUAGAAUGUGGAUUGCAAGAGGCUUUCUAUGCAGUGUCCCUCAAUCGUGUUUGUGUAGAACUUUUUAUUUUUUUUCCAGGCAACAGAAUUGUUCUACACAAAUAGUGCAUUACAGACUAGAUAGACCCCUGUAGCUUUUUAAACGCGAAACAGUGACCCCUGGUGGCAGACAGGAUCACUGCAGCUAUCCACCAGGGAAUAACAGUGACGCCUGGUGGACACAGCUGCAAUCGCAGAUCAUUUUCUUUUUUCAAAGAACUGACCAUAGACGGGAAAGGAGCUUGCAACACAAAGUUUCACAAUGAUAAGGAAAAGUGGGGGUGGGGGUGCUAAGAUUGUUACUGAUGGGUGUUUUUUUUUAAAAUUGUUAACGCACUUCACUGCACGUGUAUUGUAUAUAAUCGUAGUCAGGGUCUGCCACCUAACGAUGGCACAUACCGGUCCACUGCAAUAUAAUGUAUUCUGGCCCGGCCCAUGUGAUUCCAUUUGGGUCAGAAACAUACUGACAUGUUUGCUGGCUUUUGGUAAUAACUGAUUCUGUCACUGUUGCCUGUUCAGAUCUGAAACUGGACACUACAACUCAGCACUCCCUUGCAUCUACCCCCUCAGCCAUCCCUUAGGAGUCUGCGAAUAUGAUCAUGUGUACUGUAGUGAGGAAUACAGUAGUAGUGUCUUGCCAAUGCUGACUGUGCCCUUUCAUUUUAACAAUGGGGUUACAUGUGCUCUUCCUACCUCCUUUUCCCCCACUUGAUUUAAAAGAAAUGUAAAGAGUGGUGCCACAGUAGUUAGGAAAAGGAAUUUUAAUGAGGUUUGAGUCGCGCAGGAGUCCCUCAGUAUUAACCCGACUCUGUGCGCUAGCUCAUUUACUACUGCAGUCAGACACAGCUCCACUGUGGCUCUGGUGAAAAAGCUCUGUCCAGAACUAUAGAGCAGAGCCAAGAUAAAUGAUGUUGGACUCUGUUCCCUAAUAUUUUAUUUGCCUUUGUUGGCAAACGUGGUAUAGCUUCAAUUUAAGCCUUAUUAACAAUAUAGUAUGUAUUAAGAUAAUGAAAGAAAACAGAAAACUGCAUCUUUUGAUGAAACCAGUUCAAGAAUGUAUUGUUCAAGAGCAAAUGCCAUGGUAGUUGUUAGACCCCCUGGACGAAGGUCCUGGAUUUGAAGUGACUUGAAGUUGGGCUGGCGUGGAAGGCAGCUGGCAUGAGAAUGAAAUUUUUUCAGGAGCGGGAUUGCAUUGACGAAGGGAACGUGCUCACUAAACCUCACAAGUUUAGGAGCGCUGCGUUAGGGUCGGAAAUAUUUUGCAGUAGAACUAACUAAUCACAUUUCUGUGAGCUAAUUCUACCCUGUGUAUUUCAGUUGACAGCACUCGGUGGAGAAUGUUUGUGACGUGGCAGAUUGUAAGUUUUGUUGUGCUGUGCCAGGCUUGCAGUCCAAUGUAACCCUCCAGUAUUAUAACAAUGACACUUUAUUUGAGUGAAAGCUGGAUUUGUAUAAUACCCUUUGGGGUGUUUGUACAUUGCACGGGACUGUUUGCUGUUUUUGACAGUAUUUUUUAUUUAAUUUGUAGGCUGUAUUUUUAUUGUUAACACUCCGCUAUAUUAAGAUAGGUUCUGUGAACCAGUGCCGUAUGUGUGACGACAUUUCUAAAUUAAAAGUUUAUUACAUCUAAA